AUGUCGAACGUUAGUCAUUCUCAUACUACGACCGAGACCGAGCCUUACGUACCCUCGGAUGCUGAAGACAUGCUAGACGUAGCAAUCUCAGUGUUGGACCCGCGCCUCGCCCAGCAAGCAUCAUCGUCACAGACUACACCUCUGUCAGCAGCCCGCUACCGUCAGGUUCACCUUAGCUUCGCAAGUCCGCCACCAGAUUCGCGAAAGCGCGCACGAAGCGUACCGCCUCCACCCACUGCUGAGGAGCUGGAGGCGCAGGACAAGGCUAUCGCCGAGGAUGCAGAAGUGCCCCCGGACACCGAGAUCCCUGCUGCUGAGAAGGGUAUGGCACGUCGCUUCAGCCCGUCGUGGAAGCAGACGUACUCGUGGCUGACACUGAAGUACAACAAAGAGGAGCGCCUGUAUGGUAUGAAGUGUUCCGUGUGCUGUAAGUUCGCUCCUAACACCAAGUCUCCCUUUGGCGGUGCUGGCGUCGGUGCAAGGGACUUUCAGAAGUCGGCGUGCCGCAACCAUGACCAGUCCAAGGUGCACCUCGCGGCCAUGGAAGCAGAACGACUCGCUGCUGGCACGGAGGUGAGGCAGCGCAGCCUCGUGAACAUGCUCAGCGGCGAUCCAGUCAUGGCGAGGGUCGUCAAAUGCAUGCAAGCAGCUCAGUGGAUUGCGCAGAACGAUGCACCGAUCGCUCUCUACCCCAUGCUGGUGCGGUUCAUGGCGGAGCAAGGAUGCCCCGACAUGAUGAACAGCGAAUCCUACGGGCGUUAUUACUCGCGAUACGCCUUCGGCGAGUUCGUAGAGGCUAUGGCGGAGCAUCUGGUGGCCAGGCAGCUCGUGGACGUCAAAGAGUCGGCCUGGUACAGCCUCUCCUUCGAUGAAUCCACGGAUCGCACCCGCGGAAAGCACCUCAUCGUGUAUGUCACGUUUGAGAGAGGCGAGGCCGUGGUGUCCCAGUUUCUUGCUCUCCUGUCGCUCGAGCGUUGCGACGCCGCUGCACUGUACGACACGAUCGUGAAGUGCCUGUGGUCGAAGGACAUGUCGAUGGACAAGCUUGUCGGGGUUUCAACGGAUGGUGCAUCCGUCAUGACUGGCUCGAAGAACGGAGUUGUCGCCCUGCUUCGGAAACGUUGCCCGUGGCUGGUGGCGAUUCACUGCGUGGCGCAUCGCGAGGCAUUGGCUGCAAAGGAUGCCGCGAAGAGCUUCAAGGAGUUCAACGUCGUCGAUCAGAUGAUACGCCAGAUUGCCGAGCGUCUCGGGCGUUCAUCGACCGAUCACAAGACCUACAUGCAUCUCCAGGACGUCAUUCUGAAGACGCACCUGGAGGUGCAAGGCUUCUGCACCGUCCGUUGGCUGUCUCGCGGAGAUGCUGUGAAUCGCUUCUGCGACGUGCUGCCGGUGCUGAUGUGGAUGUGGACGAAGGAGAAGGACGGGAUGGAGAAACUCGCUACCAGCUUCAAGUUCCACUACAUGCUUUACCUCCUGGCUGACGUGCUGCAGCUGCUCAACGGACUCAAUCUUGCCUUCCAGAAGCAGACGGUCGACAUCACAGAGGUGAAGAAUCACGUCGACAAGGUGAAGACCAAGCUGUCGCAGUACUACGUCGAGCCCAGCGCAUCCUACGGGCCGAACACCUCUCGCCUGAACAAGUUCCUUGCUGCACACGGCAGCAAGGACAAGCGCAAGAUGGAGCUCAAGUGA